AUAUAAAAAGGGGAGCACGUUGCCAAUGCUUCACAAGAUCCCUCCUCAUAAUUAAGCUUACUUAAUAUUCAUUACGCGUCCAAUAACCUUCGUCGCCGAUUUUCUUGCCAUAAAAACGGCUGCUUUUCCUUCUAGACCUUGAAAGCCGGCCAGAUAUUUCUCAACCAUGGCCAAAUCGGAAGGCGAAUUUCGGCGAAUCUCUUUAGCUCCUUGGCGUGGAGAUGAAGUCACCAACGACGUCGUCGUAUAUAAGCACGGGCAUGUUUCGGGUCUGAUUUACACAGGGAUGCCUAUGGAUGAGGUCCCAGAGAUACUGUAACGUUCGAACUACCGCAUGCGAGAAUUGUUUAUUUGCGAUUGCUUUAAAGCGGACGACGAUGGCUGCGCGUAAAUUCCCUCAUUCUGCGCUCCCUUGCGUUGGAAUGCGUAGCCCGUCCCGUCAGCAUGAGAUCCUUUAGUUUGUUUGCCGCCUCGCUUGCUGCAGGUGUUACCACCGCCGCUGCCGCUGCAUUGGAAGCCGACCUGCCGAUUUCAGCAAAGUCAGACGAGGUUGAUUCUGGCUUCACGGCCGUUGUUUACGAUUCUGCGCGCCCUAUCCUCGUCGGCAACGACGGUGGUGCUAGUACAGGCGGUUUCCGUACGUUCGAUUUAGAUAGCGAAACCAACCUGACGGAGACGAGCCACGAGACACCGGGACGAACCAAACUCGUGACGACCGUAUACGGUAUUGGCGGGAAGGACCUCAUUGCGACUAUCGCUCAGCCGGAUUCGUACUUUCGCCUCUACGAUGCAAGCACCUCUGAGCAAAUCGGUGAACCACUCGCGCAUACCUUGGGCGAUUGGUCAGCGCUUUGCCCUUGGAAAAGCCGAAGCAGCGGUGAGCAGUACCUCUACCUGUUCGGCAAGAGUCAAGCAGUGCAGUUUCUCAUGAGAGCCCGCAAUGGUUCUUACGAAAUCGUCGAGAUCCAGACAUUCGACACGGAAGUCGAAGCUUCUGAUUGCGCUGUGUCUCUGUCUGCGCAGUCCGUUUACUUCACGACCAAGGGUAGCUCCAAGGUCUACGCAUUUGCGGCAGCUGAAACAACCACGGCGCCUGAAAUAAGCGUCUUGGGAGAAGCUGACGACGAAGUAACUGGACUUACCGCCUAUCUCGGUACCAACUAUGAUUACCUUUUGGUUGCCCAGGACGACGUCGUAGCCAUCUACAACACUUCAUUCACAUUACUAGGUUCUACGACAGUUACCGGAGAUGAUGGCAUCGAAGUCAAGGGUCUCAGUGUCUACCAAGCGCCUACAGAGAAAUACCCAGCUGGCGCACUAACCUACGCACUUGACUCGGAUUCUGGCACAGCGUUUGCUGUCAGUUCUCUGGAAUCAGCGUUCAACGAGCUGGGCCUAGACUUAAAUACCGCCUACGACCCUCGCCAGAAAUCUCUUAACGCUUCUACCCUUAUUCGUUCCCAAUGCAAUCUCAGCGGCUUUUCCCAGACGGGUAACAGUAGCAAGUGCGCGGGUUCAUGCUCAUGCUUCGCGGGAUUUGCCGGAGCGCAUUGCGAGGCGUUUACCUGCCGUAACAACUGUUCGGCUCAUGGCAAAUGCGUCGGAGCGAAUGUGUGCGAAUGCGACGAGGGAUGGGGCGGCCUCUACUGCGCUUUCAAAGUGGUAGAGCCUGUCACCGAGACGGACGCGUACGGCGGCGACGGAGACGACCCGGCGAUUUGGAUAUCGCCAAGCAACGUAUCUGAAUCGCGUAUAAUCACGACGACCAAAUCCGAAGAAGGCUCUGGGCUCGGUGUGUUCGACCUUAGCGGAAAGAUGCUCCAAGUGAUAGAUGCUGGAGAACCGGAUAAUGUCGAUGUCAUAUACGGUUUUCAGGCUGGAAACAGGACCAUUGAUCUGGCAUACGCCGCCUGUCGAACAGAUAACACUUUGUGUCUCUUCGAAAUCACCUCCAACGGGACUCUACAGACCAUUGCUGGUGGUUCUCAACCUACCAAGGAUGACUACACGGUGUACGGUAGCUGCGUCUACCGCUCGCAAAAAAGUGGCAAGCAAUACCUCUUCGUCAAUGCUAAGACCGCUGAGUAUCUUCAAUACGAGCUAUCGUGGGCCGAUGGCGCGCUACAAACCACUUUCGUGCGCAACUUCACAGGAGGCGCGGGGGGUCAAGUAGAGGGAUGUGUCGCAGACGAACCGAACGGAUGGGUUUUCAUCAGCGAGGAACCCCACGCUCUCUGGCGCUACGGCGCGGAGCCUGACGACGAUGCCAGCAGCGGCUUCCUCAUCGACGAGGUUGGUAGCGGCAAAAUGUACGCUGAUAAUGAGGGCGUGACUUUAGUCGAAGGUCCUACAGCAGACCAGGGUUUCAUCAUCGUCAGUCAGCAAGGUGUCAGCGCGUACAAUGUGUAUCGUCGCGGAGCUCCUCACGAGUAUGUUGAGACGUUUACGAUAUACGAGAAUAAAGCGAAGGGAAUAGACGCCGUGACUAACACGGAUGGUCUUGCGGCGGUCGGGUCAGCCCUAGGGGAUCGGUUCCCUAACGGGUUGGUAGUCGUUCACGAUGAUGCCAAUCAACUACCCGAAGGAGGCACCAGUGAUAAGGCAAGCUUCAAGCUGGUCGAUCUCAAAGACGUGCUCGGCGAAGCUUUAAUGGCGGACGUCGAUCUUAAUUGGGAUCCUAGAGCUUCGUAAGGGUGGUAUUUGCGGGAGCUUUGUCGAUAGGUAUGGAUGAAUUACUUGUACGGUUUACGAGUUCAAAAAUGGAACUAAUGUAUACACGAAUUGCCCUUCACUUCUCGUAUAUCAUUUUAAUAUAUUACCUUUGAAUUGCGCGAA